GAAUCCAAUACAGCCUAAGAUUAAAUCUAAUUCAAACAUUUUAAAUUGCUUUGAAUACUUUUCUCCAUAAAAAAACCCAAUCAAAAUUAAUUUGCAAACACUCUUAGUUAAAUGCAAAGCUAAUUCCGAUUCACCUCGUCGUCGCAACCCAAAACAAUGAACGGCGAAGAAGAAGAAAUAGCUGAAGAAGUUGAAGCCAUGAAAUCCGUCUACGAAAACGAUUGCACCAUUCUCCAUUCCAUUCCUCCUCACUUCCAUCUCUCCCUCAAACCCAGAACCGCCAAUGUUUCCUCUCAUCAGUUUGUAGAAAUUGUUCUUGAGGUGCAUGCAACUCCACAGUAUCCAAAAGAAGCACCUUCUGUUGCUCUUGUGGAUUGCAAGGGUUUAGAUCAACAUAGACAAAAGCAUUUAUUGGAUCAUAUAGAAAGUAAAGCCAAGGAGCUCUCCCCUGGAUUAAUGCUUGUAGCUCUUUGUGAGGAAGCUGUAGAGAAACUAUCAGAGAUGAACCAUCCUGAUGGUGAUUGUCCAUUGUGUUUAUUCCCUUUGGUCACAGAAGAUCACCAAAGUGAAACCUUGCCUUUUAUGAAGUUAAUGUCUUGCUUUCACUGUUUUCACAGUGAAUGUAUUAUUAGAUGGUGGAAUUGGCUUGAGAGUUCUAAACAAACAGGGUCUUCCAAUUCAGAUAAUGCAACAGCUCAUCGUAACCGGGAUAAGCAUGAAAAAUUGGAAGAGGGUGCUGGAAACUGCCCUGUCUGUCGCAAACCUUUUCAUGCCAAAGAUUUGGACCAUGUGCUUGACCUAGUUGGCUCACAUUCUUCCAAAGAGAGUUUGAAUAAUGAAGUCGAUAAUGAGGAAAACAUCCUUCAAUCUGAGGACGAGAUCAUCAGAAAACAGAGGUUUGAAGCCAUCUUAAGUUUACAGAAGGAGAACAAUGGUUUGAUUGAACCCAAAAAAGAUAUAGUAAUAUUGCCUGGUAUGUAUCUUCAACAACCGGUUGCAGUGCCCGACUCCACAUCAACCAAGGAACCUGAUGAGACUGAGCAACAUGAAAGAGAUCCACCUGCAGUUUCGUCUGGAAAACAUGUUAGUGGGACCUCAAAUGGACCGAGUUCUAGUGGGAACAGGAAUUUUGGUGGAAGGAGGCAUAGACCAAGAGGUGAUCAUCAUCACUCUAGUUCGACCGCAAGACCAAGAGAUGACCAUCAUCACUCUAGUUUGACUGCAAGACCUAGAGGUGAUCAUCAUCACUCUAGGUUUAUUGCAAGACCAAGAGGUGAUCAUCAUCACUCUAGUUCGACUGCAAGACCAAGAGAUGAUCAUAAUCACUCUAGUUCGACUGCAAGACCAAGAGAUGAUCAUAAUCACUCUAGUUCAACUGCAAGACCAAGAGAUGAUCAUCAUCACUCUAGUUCGACUGCAAGAAAACCAGUCCAACAAUGGGUGGUUCGAAGAGAUACUCCUAGCAAUAAGCAAUAGAAGCUAUAUGCUAUCUUUCAUUGCUAUUGUUCAUACUUCAUAUUAUUUAUAGAACAUAUAUCAUAUGAAUGUUCUGAGUGCAAAGAAAUGUACCAAAAGUGUAGGAAAAUAUCACAGGUAGAGAGUAGAGGUAGGGUAUCCUUUUGGUUGGAGGAACAGAAAGAAGCAAAAUAAGGAAAAACCAAGUUCAGAAGGUUCAUAUUCUUUUUGAAUUUUAUAAUUUUUGUUUUCAUUUGGAAUAUUCCAUGUAAUUUAUUUUUUAAUCAACAAUCAAGUUAUACAUUCUGCAUUUCCUCAAGAUGGCAUUUCCACUAUAAAUGUUGAAGAUUUCAAUUUGAAGAUGGGAAAUUAUUACUUCCAAGUUGCUA